GUGCGCGCAAGUAUCCAACAGAUACGCGGAUAGACGGGCCCCUACAAAAACAACAGAAAAUACCCCCAAAAAAGAGAGAAUUAGAAGAAGUACUUUCUCAGAUAUUGAGAAAAUGUUACAACCAAACCACAGGCCAAACAAAUUAACCAACAAAAGCGAUUAAUAACCAUUAGAAAAAGUGUUAAAUACCAAUUAGAAAGUGGCGAAAAAAAGCAACCAAGGAAUACAUCAAAUACAUCUUUUGUGUGGCAUCAGCAGCUUUUGAAAAUAUCCAGUGACAGUACCCAGGAAAAAUAUAAGAAAUGGAAUUAUCCAUGACUUAAACGCUCGUUGGUUUGUUGGGAAGAGAAACACACUCACCUGCGGGUGAUAGCUUUAGCUAUGAGCUGCCUGCAUUUGAAGAACUUUAAAAGCGCCGACUGGUCGCCCUUAUUAGCCAGGAGUUAAGAAGUGACAAAUAUAAACCACACACAGACACAAAUAUAUUCAGAAGAAGGAUCUUUUCAAGGAGAUACAUCACACAGAAGAGCCAUAUUUGAGUGGUGUUAGGAAGGAGUCUUCUCCAGGAUGCAGCUGGUGCACUGGGUGCUGCUGGCUCUGAUGCUGGCGGUUUAUAAUCCAACGCUGGCCCAGCGACCCCUGAUCAUGAACCACACAUUCAGUUCGCUGCCCAUGUCCCAGCAUGCCAGCUUCACCAACAGUUGGCCAGGUAGCUCCUCCUCCUCCUCCGUAUCCACGGGCAAGCAACUUCGCAAUGGGAGACUCCAUGAACAGCCGUUGCCUCUGCCACAGCCCACUUCGCCGGUGGUUACUCAGUACGAGGACUACGAGGUGGCUUCCGGAUCGCCAGGCUCACGCAGAGAUAAUAAGCGAAGGUUGGCCCAGCUGGCACCGGGUCUCCUACCACGUCCUAGCGGUAGCAACGGACGCCGUGGCAUUGAAUCGCUACAAGAGCUAAUGAAUCCCUCGGUGGGUGGUCCUGGCGGUGGCAUCUCCGGCAGCAGUGCUGGAUAUCCCUCCUACUCGGCUACCUCCUCCAUUGGGCGGAUCGAUGGCCUAGGACAGGGCAUAGGCUCGGCGGAUCGCUAUGGCGAGCAGCUGAGGCAGCCCAGCGGCAUGGCCGCCAUGACAGCGGGUCCACUGGGAGGAGCCUACUCCACCAGGUUUCCGCCACUCUACGGCGUCGAUGACAACCCGAAGCGAAUGUAUCCCCGAAAGAAUUCCAUCAGUGAGCUGUAUAAGCUGAAAAGCCGGCUUAACCAGGCAGAUGAGCCUGCCGGCGGAGUGACACAUGGCAACUUUGAGGGGAUGCAGGGCGCUUCGGCCUCAGCGGAUCCUUUGCAGGAGAUCAAGGACAGGAUAAGGGAUACGUCUCCCAAUGCGAACACUUACGCUCCUCACACGGAUGCCACGCCGUCGUCGGAAUACGAGUACGAACUGGGUGUAAAGUGUAACUUCGAAUCGCCUUGCAGCUGGACUUGGGUUGAGUAUCCCGAUGGCUUCCAGGUGAUCAGUGGCACAGAGCUGGCCAAACGGAAUCUCACUGGAUUGUUGCCAGGACCUGUGGCAGAUAGUAUUGACGAUGCCACUGGACACUUUCUGUAUGCCCGUGUCCAGCCCAACUCAAGGCCUUUGAAUCUCACCUCGCCGGAGUUUAGUACCACCAUGGAGAAGUGCUAUUUGGAGGUGUAUAUGCAUCAGAGUGACAUGAGCCAUGGUCUCUCCAGAGUGGUGGUGGAACCACUGCACACUCAGGAGAGCAGCUGGGUGCCGGCGGAGAUCCAGGGUGACAAUGUGCGCCAGUGGACAAGGAAGGUGUAUCGUCUGGGUCGUGUUUCCCGGGACUUUCGCAUUGUCUUUGAGAUUGUUCCUGAUCUGAGGCCGGGGCAGAAGGGUCACGUGGCCCUGGAUAAUUUGCGCAUGGUGAACUGUUUCCAGGGCACCAAGUCGGAGAAGUGCAGCACCUCACAGGUCAAGUGUACCUCCAAUAAGGUGCCUGUCUGCAUUCACCUGCCGCGUAUCUGUGACAUUACCAAGGAUUGUGAUGAGGCGGAGGAUGAACAGCAGUCAUGUGACAAAAUCCCCUAUGGCGGUCGCUGUGACUUUGAGGAGGAUUGGUGUGGAUGGCGUGACUCUGGCAAGACAAUACUCACUUGGUCACGGCACACAGGAUCCUCGCCAACUCACGACACUGGACCAGAUGGAGAUCACACUAUGCAACAUCUCCUGAAUAACACCAGUGGUUACUAUAUGCUGGUCAAUAUGAAUCAGCAUAUGAAUAACUCCGAUAAGAACUCGAACAUUGGCUUUGCCAGCAAUGCCGUCAUGGUAAGCAAGACCUUCAAUCCACCGCCAUCGGUCCAUGGAAAUCCAGUCCCGUAUCGGAACUCCUGUGUGGUGAGGUUCUUCAUACAUCAAUUUGGCAAGAAUCCGGGCAGCAUCAAUCUCUCUGUGGUUGAGAUGAAGGAGAAGGAGAAUAUAACCACAACGUUAUGGUGGAGCACCAAAAAUCAGGGAAGCGACUGGCUAAGGGCGGAGUAUGUGCUGCCCAAUAUAACGUCCAAAUACUAUCUACAAUUUGAAGCUCGCAUGGGCAUGAGAAUUUACUCAGAUGUGGCUGUGGAUGACUUUUCUCUGAGUCCCGAAUGUUUUGUUAAUAUACCAGAGGAUCAUCUUGGUGGCUAUAACUACUGGGAUGUAAGGCAGAAUCUAAAGAGUCCUACGUACAAAGAUUUCGAAUAUACAAAUUAUCUUGAGCUAACCAGUUGCGACACUCGAGGCAUGAUAGGACCCACACAGGCUCAGUGCGAGGCUGCCUACAAGGAGCAGAAUAAAAGCCAUGUCCUGCGGGAAGUCCAUGUGGUAGAAGACCAAAGCAGCUACAAGGGCAUGCAAAAGUGGAAGGUGCCCAAUGAGGGUCACUACACAAUCAUUGCCAAGGGCGCCAGUGGAGGUCUGGGUUCCGGCGGAGUUGGCAGCUCUCGAGGAUCGGUGGCCGUGGCCAUUCUGGAGCUACACAAGCACGAAGAACUUUACUUCCUAGUGGGACAGCAGGGCGAGAAUGCCUGCAUUAAAUCCAUGGGAGUGCACAAGGAAGCCGGUUGUGGCACCGAUCACGAUCUGGACUUGGCCCAAUACAGCUUCCGUUCCAAACAGGAUAUGGUCAAAAAUUAUAUAGAAAAUGGCGCCGGCGGUGGAGGUGGAGGAUCCUAUGUCUUCUUGCUGAAUCAAGCCAAAAAUGAGGCUGUACCUCUCCUUGUGGCUGGCGGCGGCGGAGGACUGGGUAUUGGUCAGUACAUAGACGAGGACUUCCAGCAUGGCCAAAAGGUGAAACCCUUGCAGGCGCCAGAGAGUGGCCAAAUCAAUGGGGAACCGCUGAAUAAAAAGACUGCUGGCCCCGGUGGUGGAUGGAGAGCCAAAGAGGAUCAGGCCCUGAGUCCCACCUAUGGAGCUGCCCUGCUCCAAGGGGGUCGUGGAGGUCACUCAUGCUAUGUGGAACUGGCGGACAAUGGAACCUCUGUGCAUCGACAUGGUCAAGGUGGCUUUGGUGGCGGCGGCGGUGGCUGUAACACCGGCGGAGGAGGCGGAGGCUAUGCCGGUGGAGAUGUCUAUCUCACGGAAUCCAAUGGCGAAGGAGGCAGUUCCUUUAUCAGUCCCAGCCGUAGUCUCCGGGAGAUAAGCGAUGUCCAUGCGGGCGCCAGCAGUGGUUCGGGUGCCAUCAUUAUUAUUCCAGCUAUCGAAGGUUGUGGUUGCGACUACCGGUGCGUGGCCUUGGAUGAGUUCCGGUCGAAGGUGCGCUGCAUCUGUCCGGAUGGCUGGAUACUGAAGAGAGACAACCACACAGCCUGCGAGAUACGCGAAGAGGCUGGCAAGUCAUCCUUCCAGUAUCUUGUCUCCAUUCUGAUGAUAUCACUGUGCGUCCUCUUCAUCUGCAUUGGGGCGCUGAUCUUUAUGUUGUACAAUCGCUAUCAAAGAAAGAAACAAUCUAAAAAGCGUCACAAGAUGCUGGUUGAACAGGACCUUCAACUUACUCGAUUGCGUAACAACAUCGAUGACUCCAAUCUGAAUAACUAACCCAACUAUGGCUGCGAUGGCAUCCUCAAUGGUCAUAUAGAUGUCAACAGUUUACCCCAAGUGGCACGCGACAGUCUUCAGUUGGUCAAUGCCCUGGGCAAAGGCGCCUUUGGUGAGGUCUACAUGGCCUUAUAUCGCCAUCGCGAUGGUGAUGCCGUAGAAAUGGGCGUGGCUGUAAAAACUCUACGUGAGGAUCCUAAGAGAGAAAAAGAAGAGGACUUCCUUAAGGAGGCUGCCAUCAUGGCCAAAUUCAAUCAUCCCAAUAUGGUGCACUUGAUCGGUGUCUGCUUCGAUCGUCAGCCGUACUAUAUAGUCCUGGAACUGCUAGCUGGCGGAGAUCUGCAAAAGUUCCUGCGCGAGAACAGGAACACUCCAGAACGUCCUUCGCUGCUGACCAUGAAGGAUCUACUCUUCUGCGCCUUGGACGUGGCCAAAGGAUGUCGUUACAUGGAGAGCAAGCGAUUCAUCCAUCGCGACAUUGCCGCCAGGAAUUGUCUGCUGAGCAGCAAGGGUCCCGGUCGAGUGGUGAAGAUUGCGGACUUUGGCAUGUCCCGGGACAUCUACAGAUCGGACUACUAUCGCAAGGGCGGCAAGGCCAUGUUGCCCAUCAAGUGGAUGCCGCCGGAAGCCUUCCUCGAUGGCAUCUUUACGUCCAAGACCGAUGUCUGGUCCUUUGGCAUUCUCCUGUGGGAGGUCUUCAGUCUGGGUCGUUCGCCAUAUCCUGGACAGCACAAUACACAGGUAAUGGAGCUGGUGGUGCGCGGCGGAAGAUUAGGAUCGCCCACCGAGUGUCCAGUCUCCAUAUACAAGGUGAUGGCCGACUGCUGGAAUCCCACGCCCGAGGAUCGACCCACUUUUAUUAGUCUGCUGGAGCACUUGACCGCCUGCACCCAGGAUCCGAGCAUCAUGAACGCUCCGCUGCCGAAUAUCCUGGGACCGACGGCCUCCGAAAGGGAUGACACGGUCAUCCGGCCGCCCAAUGGUGAAGAGUUCUGCCUGGCGGUGCCGGACUAUCUGGUGCCCCUGCCGCCGGGUGGCCACACCAACCCAUCCAUGGCCAGCGGUUCCGGCUAUGUGCCCGAGUCGCAGCGCCAACAGAUGAGCUCAUGCACUCCGCCGGCGGUCACCUCGCCAGCUGCCCCACAUCCCCGGCCAGUGGAGAAUCCGGCUCCCACCAGCGGCGAUUGCUGGGAGACGUCCUUCAUUCUGCCCAAUGCCAAGACGGAACAACCGGCGGCCGGUGGUAGCAAGGAUAUACCUCCGCUGGCCUCCGGCGAAGAUGCCAAGCUGAUUAGCCUGGACACGCCGCAGCCCACGCCAACCACGAUCCAGCCGCCGUUAUCCUUCGCCUCGCAAUUGGAUGGCAUCACAUUGGAUCCCUCGACGCUGUCCAAGAGUCUGCCCAAUGGCAGUGCCAAGCAGUCAUAUGCCAAUGUUCAGGUGAAGAAUGAAACGGAGGCCAAGGUUCCCAAUGGGGGCGUGGUGGCCAAUGGAGGAGGAGCCGUGAUGAACGGCGACAUCUCAACGGGAUCGACGACGGGCGGUGCGGACUCACCGUUCACCAUUCAGGGUUAUGCGGAGCGGUACAAGGACAACAACAAUCAUUCCGAAAUCAGUUGUUAGAAGCACAGGGAAAAGUCAGUACUAGAAAUGCUGAGAAUAUAAUUCUAGGAUCAGAAUAAGUAUGUGAAAGAUUUGUAUUUGAUUUCUAUCUCUUGAGAUUUUUCUGUCUUUCCAAGAUUUUAAAAAUCUUGUAAUCAGAAAUCUUAACUUUCUCUCAACAUUCAAAAUUCUUUCGAGAACAACCAAAAGAUCGACUUAAAAUAUGUUUUCUUCUUCAGAAAGCUACAUUUCUUUUUAACUUUCAAAAUUCCC